GUGUUAGCAAUGAUGUCGAAGAGGUUUGUUUUCGUUUGAUAGCCUAUGGUCAGYUCCUGACAGCAAAUGAGAAUUUUAUCAUUCAAAACUCAUCGUUUCUUUUUGGAUAAAAAGGAAAACUUUCAUAGAGGAAUAUAUUAAGUAUUGAGCACGACUUUGAUCUGUGUCUCGUGAGUCUGGUUGGAAAGAGUAAUCCGCUGUCGAUACACUUCUUAAAGUCAAUAUCUAUAUUUCCUGUAGUGGUUACUCGAAAAAACUCUUGCGGAUCUAUAUGAAAAGGUUGACACUAACGAGUUUAACAUUGGAAACAGUAAAACUUCUAAACAAGCAAAUCAAGGAGACGUCGCCGCAAACUCCAAAGGAUCGAAAGUCACUAUGAACUACUCAAAUGUAACUAGUAAUCAGUGGAAUUACUGUCAUGGUAAAAUGGAACUAUCUGUAAUGGUUAUUCUGGUGGUUCUUAAUUGUGUUUCUUCAGGAGCCGCGCUCACUGGUAACACCAUAGUCCUCGUCGUAAUAUCUCAACUAAAAACUCGCAAUGUCUCAAUCUGUAUAAUUGCAUCAUUGUCAGUCGCUGAUUUACUUGUUGGGCUCGUUAUGAACCCUAUUCUAGUGGCUAAGAUCUUACUGGCGGUCUGGCAGGGGGACCACUGGCUUUCGAUUACAGCGGAUUUUAUGUGGAUACAAAUGACAGCUGCUACUUCACUAAGUUUGUGCGCUGUCAGUUAUGAUCGUUUCGUAGCUAUCAAUUCAGUUUUUCACUAUCAGAAGUUUUUAUCUAAAAAACGCGCUAUCGURCUUAUCGUUUUUAUCUGGAUUUUUUCAUUUCUCUUGGCAUCUUUAAGACUUUUUCUAGAGCCGCAACAUUUGUCCAAAUUAUGGCUCACAGCUACAGUGAUAACGGUGUUGCUCCCUCUAGUUUUCAUUGGUUAUUGCUAUUUUCAUAUCUACAAAGCAGCCAGGAAUCAAAGACAGAAAAUCGCRCGGAAUGAACUCAGUCGAAAGCAGAAAAAAGCAGCUAUCAGAAACAAAAAAGCUGCUCUUACUGUGGCCAUUGUSAUUGGUUUAUUCGUAUUGYUAUGGAUACCAACCCUCAUUGCAUCGAUUGUAGAGAUAUUUAUUUCUGGUUCUUGCAGAGCUCGGAAGAAGAUCGAUUUUGCAUGGUUUUGGGUAGCCUUUUUAUCGUUUGUAUCAUCUGCGGUAAAUCCAUGGGUCUAUGCGUUUAGGAUCCACGAAUUUCGAUGUUUUUUGAAGCGUCGAUUUGGRCARAYGCAGRACAMGAGAAACAAAACUAGUURCAGUAAAUCUUGCAAGCSUGACGAAAGCUGUGCUGAUCCAAGUUGACUUCUUUCGAAACUUCAUCAGCCAGAGUUAUUCUAUAGACCCUCUUUAGAGAGGAAAAUCACAGAAAAUWAAGGUUUCAGAUUGCAUAUUACCRUUUAAAAUCUGGGCGUAUCCUGAUUUAAGCCCAUGCAACAUGUGAAAAAUGAAUGAGAAAUAGGAAAAAAGAAUGAAAAGAACAACAACAAAAGUAAAAAGACAGCCAAAUAAUUCAAGAAUAAUUGUUUUUCUAAGCGGACAUCGAAAGUCAGAUCAUACGWAGUUUCCUGAUCUGAGAGGAAGACAAAUAUUAUUGUUUUAGUCGAAGUUUCGUACGUUUGUUAUAAUUGAUAUAUUGUGUACAAGUUAUGUGCUCAACAAUUAUGUUAUUAGUUAUAUAGUACGAAUUCUAUGAGAUUUUUCCCUCACUCGACAUUCACUCACUCAGUCGACACUCACUCACUCGACAU